CACGCACGCAGUAACGUCAGCAGCAGCAGCAGCAAUAGUCUUCGGUGAAAACCUAUAGCGCACACACGCGAGAGCAGAAGAUAGCUGUGAACUCUAGUAGCGGGGGGCUGCCUACGCGCAUGCACGCGCGCUGCCGAUGGAUGGAUGAUGUGACGCAGAGUGCAACGCACGUCUGCGAUGUAUGAUCAUCAUCAUCAUCAUCAUCGCCGUCAUCAUCAUCAGCCACGAUGCUAGCUCUACCGUACUGUGAAGACAACGACGGCUAGUAAUAGCGCUAUCUGUGCUGGUGACAUUGUGGGAGUUACCCGCAGCGAACACACACACACGCGCGCACACGCGCGCACACACUGACUGACACACGGAAACGAGUGAGGAUAACGGAGGGAGAAAGAUAGCGGAAAGUGAAGGAGAAAAAAACAAAGAAGAAAGAGAAGAAUUGAUGUGAUAGUGUCGUAUUAGGACAGACUACUCCGCGCCGUCUGGAUAAAUAUCUGUUUUUGAACGCAUGUGAUUCGAUUACACUACAAGGAGACGUAUAGCGUAGUCGUCGCGUAGUCGCGAGCGAGGAGGAGGAGGAGGAGAGAUGGCGCAGAUCGUGAACCCAGCGCUGCCGACCGGCGGUCACUUCACGGCCGUGCGGCCGACGUCGCUGCCCGCGGUGCACGCCCUCCGCGCGACCCCGUCGCCUGUCCGCGAGGUCGUGAGCCUCAGCCACCUGCGGCCGGCAGUCGCCGUCGCCGCGGCGACCGCGGCCGGACGCUCGCAGAACAUAUACACGGAGUCGCCGGUGCGCAGCAACAGCCACACGAAGCUGCUCGAGGUGUGCUUAGACGGAGGCAGCGGCGCGGGCAGCGAGAAGACGCGCCAGAGCAGCGGAAGCUCGGCGGGCAGCGGUGGCGCCCUCGUCGUCGUCGACAAGCAGCCGUCGAAGACGACAACGUACCGCAAGGUGGCGUGCAGCGGCGGCGGCGGUGGCACGAAGCAGCAGCGCGGCAACAACAACGUCGCGCCGCCACCGCCGCCGCAGCAGCAGCACGCGCCCGAGGUGAUCAUCUGCCCCGAGUGCGGCAAGUGCCGCUGCGCGCUCUGCACGAAUCCGCGGCCGCUGCCGGAGAAGUGGCUCUGCGGCAACAAGUGUCUGUGCUCGGCGACGCAGGCCGUCGACUACUGCACGUGCAUGAAGUGCGUGAAGGCGGGCUUCUACCUGUGCGCGGGCGACGAGUCGGACUCGGGCAGUGAGUCCGUCGACGAGCCGUGCUCGUGCGCGCCGGAGCAGCGCGGGUGCGCACGCUGGACCUGUCUCGCGGCGCUCUCCCUCGCGCUGCCGUGUCUGCUGUGCUACUGGCCGCUGCGCGCAUGCACGAGACUCGCUGAGCACUGCUACAACUGCUACCACGGCAGCGGCUGCCACUGCCAGCACCGGCCCGCGUCCGCCCGUGACGCCUUCGACCGGCGCCUGCUCGACCCCAACUCGGACUCGACGGGGUAGGGGGCGCCGCCGCGGCGCAGCGAGGGAAGGUCGGAGGAGACCAUGUACAGUAUUGUGUGCUUUCAGUAGUCGAACGAGGAGGCGUGCUGGCAUCGGGCCGGGCAGCUAGCCUGCCAGCAGGUGGCGCUUCUGUGUGUGGGACGAGGCGAGCGGGAGGCUAACGGCAGAGGCAGCUGAGCGGACGAGACAAGUGAGCGUGCGGGCGGCACACCGAGUGGAGCUCACCCGACGGCGCGUACCUGUAAGAUCUAUGUUUAGUAUAGAGGGCGCCGGCGCGAAAGCCCGCCGCUCGUAUUUACGGUUUGUGAGUUUUGCAUGCGUUUCCGCAUAUCUUCAUCGUCUGAUUCUUCCUCUGGUCGUCCGUAAGGAUGAUCUUGGAGAAUCACACACCCAAACUCGAGUUAAAUUUUCAUUCGAUCCCCAGUUAAAACCCUCGAGCGUGGACGAUGUGGGUAGGGUUGGGACUCGUCGCGGCCCCCGGAGAACAACGUAAAGUGUGGCGUUGUAACGUGUUACAGUGCGUACGUGACAACCGCAAUGAUCCAUCUACCAAAACAUUUUGUUCUUUAAAGUCGUUGCAUCUUCUCCCUGGUUGCUUCUCGUAGCGGGCAAGCUCUGAGAGCGCAAUACUUAAAAUUCUCAUGCUGGGUCAUUAAUGAAGCCAAAAUAUUCCGGCAGGUUAGCUUACUAAUUAGCAGCCUUCGUGUCGUGAAAUGAUCAACGGAGCUAUUCGCUUAUUUCUGUCGCUGAAUAUGCUAUGGGUACAUACAAUGGCCUCGGGGGUUAAAGUCCCAUGUCUGAUUUAAAAAAAAGAAGGUACGGAUAAUUUGAAUUGGGAAUCCAUGAAAUAUCUUGCAUGUCUGAUU